AUGCAGAAGCCCAGCGGCCUGAAGCCCCCCGGCCGUGGGGGGAAGCACUCCAGCCCCGUGGGCCGGACGUCCACUGGCUCAGCCUCAGCCUCUGCAGUGGCCACAGCCACCGGCUCCAAAGAAGGCUCCCCCCUGCACAAGCAGGCGUCAGGCCCCUCCUCCUCCGCAGCCACUGCUGCUGCCCCCGAGAAGCCAGGCUUGAAGGCAGCUGAAGUGGGCGAUGACUUCCUGGGGGACUUCGUGGUGGGCGAGCGGGUUUGGGUGAAUGGCGUGAAGCCAGGCGUGGUGCAGUACCUGGGUGAGACGCAGUUCGCACCGGGCCAAUGGGCGGGCGUGGUGCUGGACGAACCGGUGGGCAAGAACGACGGCGCGGUGGGUGGCGUGCGUUACUUCGAGUGCCCGGCACUGCAGGGGAUCUUCACGCGGCCCUCCAAGCUCAGCCGCCAGCCCACAGCCGAGGGCUCGGGCAGUGACGCCCACUCAGUGGAGUCGCUGACUGCCCAGAAUCUGUCACUGCACUCGGGCACGGCCACGCCACCGCUGACCAGCCGUGUCAUCCCACUGCGGGAGAGUGUCCUCAACAGCGCUGUCAAGACAGGCAAUGAGUCUGGCUCCAACCUCUCCGACAGCGGCUCUGUGAAGCGGGGCGACAAGGACCUGCGCCUGGGAGACCGCGUGCUGGUUGGCGGGACGAAGACUGGCGUGGUGCGGUAUGUGGGGGAGACAGACUUUGCCAAGGGCGAGUGGUGUGGCGUGGAGCUGGACGAGCCCCUUGGGAAGAAUGAUGGGGCAGUGGCGGGCACCAGGUACUUCCAGUGCCCACCCAAGUUUGGUCUCUUCGCACCCAUUCACAAGGUGAUCCGCAUCGGCUUCCCAUCUACCAGCCCUGCCAAGGCCAAGAAGACCAAGCGUAUGGCCAUGGGUGUCUCGGCGCUGACCCACAGUCCCAGCAGUUCCUCCAUCAGCUCUGUCAGCUCUGUGGCCUCCUCUGUGGGGGGCCGGCCCAGUCGCAGUGGCCUGCUUACGGAGACAUCUUCACGCUACGCCCGGAAGAUCUCAGGCACGACGGCUUUGCAGGAGGCGCUGAAGGAGAAGCAGCAGCACAUAGAACAGUUGCUGGCUGAACGGGACCUGGAGCGGGCCGAGGUGGCCAAGGCCACAAGCCACAUCUGUGAGGUGGAGAAGGAGAUCGCCCUGCUCAAGGCACAGCAUGAGCAGUAUGUUGCAGAAGCAGAGGAGAAGCUUCAGCGGGCCCGGCUGCUGGUGGAGAGUGUGCGAAAAGAGAAAGUAGACCUGUCCAACCAGCUGGAGGAGGAGAGGAGGAAGGUGGAGGACCUGCAGUUCCGAGUGGAGGAGGAGUCCAUCACCAAGGGAGACUUGGAGACCCAGACGCAGCUGGAGCACGCGCGCAUUGGGGAGCUGGAGCAGAGCCUGCUACUGGAGAAGGCGCAGGCCGAGCGGCUGCUCAGAGAAUUAGCGGACAACAGGCUGACCACAGUGGCCGAGAAGUCGCGGGUGCUGCAACUGGAGGAGGAGCUGAGUCUGCGGCGUGGUGAGAUCGAGGAGCUGCAGCAGUGUCUGCUGCACUCGGGCCCGCCGCCCCCUGACCACCCUGAGGCCGCUGAGACGCUGCGGCUGCGGGAGCGGCUGCUGUUGGCCAGCAAGGAGCACCAGAGGGAAAGUGGCAUGCUGCGGGACAAGUACGAGAAGGCUCUGAAGGCCUACCAGGUGGAGGUGGAAAAGCUCCGGGCAGCCAAUGAGAAGUAUGCACAGGAGGUGGCAGACCUCAAGGACAAGGUCCAACAGGCCACCAGCGAGAACAUGGGGCUCAUGGACAACUGGAAGUCCAAGCUAGACUCAUUGGCCUCGGACCAUCAGAAGUCCCUGGAGGACCUCAAGGCCACCCUGAACUCGGGCCCGGGUGCCCAGCAGAAGGAGAUUGGGGAGCUGAAGGCCGUGAUGGAGGGAAUCAAGAUGGAGCAUCAGCUGGAGCUGGGCAACCUGCAGGCCAAGCACGACCUGGAGACUGCUGUUCAUGUAAAGGAGAAAGAAGGCCUGCGGCAGAGGCUGCAGGAGGCCCAGGAAGAGCUGGCCGGGCUGCGGCAGCACUGGCGGGCCCAGCUGGAGGCGCAGGCCAGCCAGCACCGGCUGGAGCUGCAGGAGGCCCAGGACCAACGCCGCGAUGCAGAGCUGCGUGUGCAUGAGCUGGAGAAGCUGGAUGUGGAGUACCGGGGCCAGGCUCAGGCCAUCGAGUUCCUCAAGGAGCAGAUCUCGCUGGCUGAGAAGAAGAUGCUAGACCACGAGUUGCUGCAGCGGGCAGAAGCCCAGAGCAAGCAGGAGGCUGAGAGGCUGCGAGAGAAGCUGCUGAUUGCCGAAAACAGACUCCAGGCCCUCGAGUCCCUAUGCUCAUCCCAGCACACCCACAUGAUCGAGUCAAACGACAUUUCAGAGGAGAAGAUCAGGACAAAGGAGACCAUGGAGGGCCUGCAGGACAAGUUGAACAAGAGAGACAAAGAGGUGACAGCCUUGACGUCCCAGACCGAGAUGCUCAGGGCCCAAGUAAGUGCACUGGAGAGCAAGUGCAAGUCGGGAGAGAAGAAGGUGGACACCCUCCUGAAGGAGAAGCGGCGCCUGGAGGCAGAGCUGGAGGCCGUGUCCCGGAAGACCCACGACGCCUCGGGCCAGCUGGUCCUCAUCAGCCAGGAGCUGCUGCGCAAGGAGCGGAGCCUGAACGAACUGCGGGUGUUGCUGCUGGAGGCCAAUCGUCACUCCCCUGGACCUGAGAGGGACCUGAGCCGCGAGGUGCACAAGGCUGAGUGGCGGAUCAAGGAGCAGAAACUCAAGGAUGACAUCCGCGGCCUGCGUGAAAAACUGACUGGGCUGGAUAAAGAGAGGUCCCUGUCAGAUCAGAGGCGCUACUCCCUCAUUGACCCGUCCUCGGCACCCGAGCUCUCACGGCUGCAGCACCAGCUCAUGAGCACGGAGGAUGCACUGCGGGACGCGCUGGACCAGGCUCAGCAGGUGGAGAAACUCAUGGAAGCCAUGAGGAGCUGCCCUGACAAGGCCCAGAACAUUGGCAAUUCCGGUUCUGCAAAUGGCAUCCACCAGCAAGACAAAGCCCACAAACAAGAGGACAAGCACUGACCCUGAGGGACAUGGUGGAGCAGCCUAGCCCACACCAGAGCCCCGCCAGGCUGCCUGGGGGCGCUUCCUCCAGGCAGGGACCAGGACUGUCGCUUUGGAGACAGGAUAGUGUUUGUAACAAUAACGUACUCACCGCCAUGGACAAUCCCCCACCCCGAACCCCCUGCCGGACCAGGAGGCUUCCUCAAGCACGGCCUUCCCAGAGAGCAGUACCGCCCCGGCCUGGCCCUGGGAACUUCAGCCUGGACAUCUGGCAGCUUCUGGAAUUUGUCUGGGGAGGCAGAGGGGGUCCAGUUGGUCCCCUCUCCCCAGAACGAGCUGCCCUGAGGCUCAUCUUGGCGCUCUGGGCCUUGAUGGGCCCCCUUGCCUUCCCUUUCCUCCCCUUCUCCCCCAGGGCUCCUCGAGCCUAGAGGGGCCAGAGGAGGGCCCAGCUUCUCCUUGCAGGCACCGAGGAGGGAAAUCCGGGCUCCAGGAGCAAGGUGGGGGACCCUUUUCUGCAGCCACUUCCAGGCCAAGGCAGUCCCCAGGGCUUUGGUCCCCACUUGCUGAGCCCCUCAAGCAGUGGUACAAGUUUCCCUCAAGUGGUACAGGUCUGCCCAGUGAGGUCUCCAGGUUCAAAGUGUUGGGGGUACAGGGUCCUUCUUCCCCCACCCAGCAACAACCCCUUACACACACUUCCAAGCUGCUGGCCAGAGGGAGUUCACCAGGGCUACGAGCCACAGUAUUAACGAAGUUUGGAAGUCCCUCUCCUCAUCCCCCACCACAACCUUGUCCAAGCCCUGGCUUGGAGCUGGGGCAGGGGUGGCUGCAGGAGAGCCCAGAGCAAGGGCCUGGGCAUGUUUUGACAAAGGUCAGUAAUAGGGUGUCCCCUGAGUUGAUUAGAUGUUUCCAAAGUGGACCUCCCACCUGCAGAGGCACCCAUGUGGGCCUGACGUACACACUCCAUUGACACACAUACUCAGGCCAUGCGUGCACACGUGGCCAUGCAGAUGGGGGUGUCUGCAGUUAACCACACUCAGGCCACACAGGUGCAUGGCUUGGGUUCCGGGACUGAGCCCUAAGCCUGGUGGGGCCAUGCCCGGGAACACUACAAACGUUCCUGCCCCCUCAAGGUUUACAUACCCACCCAGGUACACACAGCUGGGCGUUCAGGGAUGCCUAGAACUCACCAGAAUGAGCAUGUACCAACAGCCCCUUUCAGUCUGACAGGUGCCUGCAUGGGGCUCUUCAGCCCUGUCUUCUGUGGCUGGGAAGAGAGCCCAAGCAGUGGUGGGGAUAAGAAAAAUCUACCUGCCUCCUGUCACCUGUCAAGCUCUGCUGGGCUAUCCCGGCCUGUGCAUGGUGGGAAAAGCCAGUGUUGGCCCAGCAGCCCCCCUUUUUGAGCUGCAGGGCCCAUAGGUGACUUCCGCCUGGGCCUCAGCAUCAGCACACAGGGGCCCUGCCCACCCUCCACAGCUCGGGGGAGCUUUCAGUGGGGCCCUUCCCAGCCAGGGGACUCACGGGAGAAGCCUGAUGCCUAUCCUGGCUUUCCAUCAGCCACAGGACAGGUGUGCAGUUCACAGGAACAGCCCAGGUCGCCAUGGUGGGCACUAACAGGUAGGGGAGGUGGUGCUCACAUUCUUGCCCAAACGCAGCCUGUCGGGGCAGCGAGUUAGUCCCCUUGGCCCCCUUUCUGCUCCUUUUUGGCCCUUGGUAGCUCUCGCAUGCAGUUUUAUUAACAACAGCCUAGAAAUGAUGCUUUAGUGGCCUAACCCAGAGUCAAAUACUGCUCUUUCCAGUAAAAUCGGGCAGCUCUGCCCUGUCCACAGCAGGAACUGGUUAGUCUACUAACAGCCAAAGGCCUCCACAGUUGGGCACCAGGAGGGGCUGAGCUCCAGGGGGUGGGCUUGCAGGUGGCAGGUACCCAAGAAGCAAUUUCCUGUGGGCCUCUCAGCCUGCCCAGGUGUGGCUCAGCCAGUCCCCUCCCCAGGUCCUCCCCAUACCCUUCCCCUCCCCACAGUGGAAUUGUUGAAGUGUGGCGAGUCCGUGCUCGGAACAAUAAAGCUUGUGACUGAGGUCCAGGA